GUACUCGUCUCGGCAGGUCUCGAUCAUCCUUACAUCCACCGCACUCGUCAUUGAAGAGCUUGCAAUGUCUCUUGUGUUCCAGUCAGUACGACAGGCUGUUAGAAGUUCAAAAUUACCCUCGUUGGCCCGCACGUACGCGGCCACUUCUGUGCCAGCAUUAGAUGCCGGAGAACAAGUGAUCUACAAUAAAUUGAAAGAGAAGUUCUCACCGAAGGAACUCAGAGUGCAGGAUGUUUCAGGUGGAUGUGGAUCAUUCUAUGCUAUCAGCAUCACGAGUGAUGCAUUCAAGGGCUUACCUACCGUCAAACAACAUCGUCUCGUAAAUGAGACCUUGAAGAAGGAGAUAGAGGGCAUACAUGGCCUUCAGUUGAAGACGUCUGUGCCGCAGAGUUAACCGCAAUUUAACCACGUCUUUUCGAGUCUCCGGCCUGUCAUUAUACUGACGGACGACAUCAUGUCGCGAGCGACAUACUGAGAGUGUUAUAGAACUGCGGUGUACCAUGAGGAGUGGUGCUACAUCUGAGUGGGGAUCCAUGCUAUGGUCAUAAUCCAUGUACUCAAUCCUCAGCAUUCAAGAAUGCAUCUAGUUCGGCGUCAAGUUCCUCCUGCGUUUGACGUGGUCUCCGACCUGUUCUCCUCUCCUCACCCCUACUCUGCCUCUGUGGUGUUGGCUCACCUAAGCGAUCCUGUAGACUUGCUUUGUGUCCGCCGACUUCCUGGUCUGGCUCUUCACUUGGUGAACCCCGAGCAUUCCGUCGUGCACGUCGGGGAAGUGGUACUGUAAUUCGAGACUCGAGUGACACAGGAUGGGAACGAAGAAGGGAAGUCCUUUCGAGAAGAGUCUUGUCAACCUUUCUUCGUGAUCGCACUGGUUUUGACGGAUAAUCAGCCUGGAGGGAGUCAAGUUCUUCAUCUAAAUUCCCCUUUUCCCAUCUAUCUCCCUCCUCCAUCGCCUUCUGUCGCUUGCGAGCCCGUUCUUCAGUCUCUCCCGGCUUGCCAGCCUUUGACCCGUGCUUCUUAUAAAACUCGCUUUGCUCCCAAGACCCCUUGCUCUUAACAUCACCCGAUGUUGCCCAGCGCAAUCGAAUAACACCCUUUAAACCUUCGCCAGUACCGAGACUCUUACUAAUUCGUUCCUCCGGCGGCCAUAAGUCCAUGGGAAUAGGUUUGGCAGUAAGAGUACCAUCCCCUGAAGGCUCCUCCCCAGCGAAUUUAGAGAGAUAUCGAUAUGCUUCGCGGGCAGCGUGCCGACUGGAAAAGACCAGGAUACAUGUUUUGUCGUCGAUCCAUUCGAGAGCAAUAGGGUGCGAGUCGAAAUGAGUCGCGUAAGCAAAGAUACUGGAUGUUGACAAAUGUGAUAUCGGUGUCCCUUGAAAGAGAAUUGCAUUGUCUCGAAUUGUAGUAUUCUCGAUGUCUAGAUGCAUGU